GUGUAAUCUAGAAAAAUAGAAACCUUAUCGAGUCGCAUGUGGUGACGGGAAAUAGGCUUAUCUUUUGAGAAGAAACAAACUAGCUCGGCUGAGAAGUAGUAGAGUUUUUGCGCAGCAAUGGCGGCCUUGAGCUGCCCAUUUCACCCUAAAGUAUACAAGAGUUCUCAAAAUAUUAAAGCUAGACCUUCCAUCUCUUGCUCAAUGCAGCCCUCUCAAAGUAAUACCAAGGUUAUUGUGAAUGGAGCAGCAAAAGAAAUAGGAAGGGCAGCAGUAAUUGCAGUUACCAGAGCUAGAGGAAUGGAGGUGGCUGGUGCAGUGGAUUCCCAUCUUGUGGGAGAAGAUAUUGGGAAGGUAUGUGACAUGGAAGAGCCACUAGAAAUUCCCAUAAUAAAUGACCUCACCAUGGUAUUGGGUUCCAUAUCUCAGUCAAAAGCAACAGGAGUUGUCAUUGAUUUCACUGACCCUUCGACUGUAUACGACAAUGUGAAACAGGCAACAGCAUUUGGGAUGAAAAGUGUGGUGUACGUACCUCGAAUUAAGCCUGAUACCAUAACUGCAUUAUCUGUAUUAUGUGAGAAAGCCAGCAUGGGUUGUCUUGUUGCGCCAACUCUAUCCAUAGGAUCUAUACUUCUCCAACAGGCAGCAAUAUCAGCUUCCUUCUACUACAACAACGUAGAGAUUGUGGAAUCAAGGGCCAGUGCGAAGGAUCUUCCUUCGCCAGAUGCAGUCCAGAUUGCCAAAAACCUCUCUAAUCUUGGUCAGAUCUACAACAGACAAGAUAUUUCAACGGACGUUCUGGCGAGGGGUCAAGUUCUAGGAGAAGAUGGGGUUCGAGUACAUAGCUUAGUCCUUCCAGGACUUCCUUCAAGUACAACAGUCCACUUCUCAGGCCCAGGAGAGGUAUACUGCCUCAAACAUGAUAUUACCAAUGUGCAAUGUCUGAUGCCAGGCCUAAUCUUGGCCAUCAGAAAGGUUGUGCGCCUCAAGAAUCUGGUGUAUGGCUUGGAGAAAUUUUUGUAGAAACCCAUAUCGUUUUCCGUCUCCACAAUCUGGAACUUUAACGUGUUCAUCAAUUGAAGAUCAAUAGCUGAUCAUCCUGAAGACAAAAAUUAGAAAGAGAACGCUUUGAUACAAGAAACAGCAGAGGGGAAAGAGAUUUUUUCUUUUGUUUUUAAUAUUCAGUGAGCUUUUGAGAGACUUUAAAAGUUAUGUGAUAUUCAGUCCAAAUAGAACAUGAUGAAGGCCAAAUUUCAUUCA